CCUCUCUCUCGACCGACUUCUCCCCUCUCGACCUCGAUAGACGCUCCCUUUCCCUUUCCUUUUCCUUAGCCGUCGUCGAUUCGAACCCUAAUUUCGUGAGAUCGCAAUCCCCCGAUCUCCCACAGCAAAACCCUAGGUCCGUUGGGCUUCAAUUGAUUCUGCCUUCCUCGGCAAUUUCUCUUUCGCCGGAACCCUAGAUCGAUUGGGGCCGCCGAUCCAGUCGUUCUGAGCCCUUCAAGAUGGGUAGCGGCAGGGUAUACAGAGGAGGCACCUCCUCCCGGACGUCCUCCUCGUCUUCUUCCCACCCCUCGGCGCCUAAUCAGCCGCCGACGGAGACGGCGUCGACGUCCAUCACCGACACGGUGAACGGCUCCCACCACUUUAGGAUCUCCGGUUUUUCGCUGCUCAAGGGGAUGGGCAUCGGCAAGUACACGGCGUCGGACACGUUCACGGUGGGGGGCUACGACUGGGCCAUCUACUUCUACCCUGACGGGAAGAGCUUGGAGGACGGCGCGGCGUACGUGUCACUGUUCAUCGCCCUCGCGAGCGAGGGGACCGACGUGAGGGCGCUUUUCGAGCUCACGCUGCUGGAUCAGAGCGGGAAGGAGCAACACAAGGUUCAUAGCCACUUUGGGAGAACGCUGGAGGGCGGUCCUUAUACUCUCAAGUACCGCGGCAGCAUGUGGGGUUAUAAGCGUUUUUUCAGAAGAAGUGCUUUAGAGUCAUCAGCAUAUCUUAAAGAUGAUUGUCUCUUAGUUAAUUGUAGUGUUGGCGUUGUUAGAUCGCACACUGAGGGACCCAAAAUUUAUACCAUUGCAGUGCCAUCUUCUAACAUAACUCAGAAUUUUGGCCAGCUUCUAGAUAGUGGAAAAGGAACCGAUGUAAGUUUUGAAGUUGAUGGUGAGAUUUUCAAUGCUCACAAAUUGGUCCUUGCAGCUCGUUCACCUGUUUUCAGGGCUCAACUUUUUGGUCCGAUGAAAGACAGGAACAUGCAUUGUAUAAAGGUCGAAGACAUGGAAACUCCAGUUUUUAAGGCUCUACUCCAUUUCAUAUACUGGGAUUCCCUACCUGCCUUGGAAGAGCUAGCUGGUCUGAAUACAAAAUGUGCUUCCACUCUAAUGGCUCAACAUUUGCUUGCUGCUGCUGACCGCUAUGCAUUGGAUAGGCUUAAAAUACUUUGUGAAGUCAAGCUGUGUGAGGAUGUCGCCAUAAAUACUGUGGCCACUACUUUAGCACUGGCUGAGCAGCAUCACUGUUCUCAGCUUAAAUCUGUUUGUCUCAAAUUUGUUGCUUUGCCAGAGAACUUGAGAGCUGUGAUGCAAACUGAAGGAUUCGAGUACUUGAAGGUCAGUUGUCCAUCUAUUCUGAUUGAGCUUCUUGCACUCGUCGCUAGGAUCGGAGAAAAUUCACUAACAUCCAGCGUGUAUUCAAGUGAUGCCCUCCUUGAUGGGAGUGAUGCAAAUGGAAGACGGGUGAAGCCCCGGAUAUGAUAUUUGCUGCAACAGCAACAGUUAUUCCAUUGAUGAAAGUUCAUUGCUUCCUGCCCUGUACUUGUUUCUUGUCAAGUUAUAAAUAUCCUAGUUUGAAAAUUUUCCAUGUCCAUGUGCCUUGUAUUGACUACUGUCAGCAGAACUGAGCCAAGGGUUUCCUGCAAUGUUGUACCAUGCCAGAACUGAGGUUGUGGGGAAUGAACUUGCGUGAAUAAUUGUGGAGCGUUUUUUGGUCGUCA